AUGGCGUCUCAAAACCAGUCAGACCAUCAACUCCCCUCCCAAACAAUUACUUCAUCUGCCCAAUUUAUCGAUCAAUUGAUCUCCCACCUCUCCACCUUCACCGUCCCGCCCGUAGACAGUAUUCAUGACCACCGGCAUCAACCACCAGCCCGACACCACCGCACACCCUUCUCUACUCUCCCUCCAUCCCAUAUGGCAGAAGUCAAGGCAACAAUGUUAACACUCCACUGCAUCUUUCCAAACGAGCUUCUCCUCGCUCUGGAUAUUCUGGAUAGGAAUCUAGUGAACCGGUUCAUAUGCAACGACACCAACACCAGCAGUCAAACAUCUCAUCCUACAACCCACCAUCAUUCCUCAACAACAAAUGCUACCACCAAAGACAUACCUGAUUAUUUUUAUGUCCGCUCAGCAUCUACCAUUUCCCCCGACCAAAGCGACCCAUUCUCAACCUCUAAUCCAACCUCAUCAUUUCACACCAAAGAACCAGACCCAAAAGGCUACGAAGUCCGCCUAAAGACCUGGAACUGCACGUGUCCUACUUUUACCCUGAAUGCAUUUCGAGACUCAGAACCCGAUGAAUCCGAAGAGGAUUCAUCCUCCACCACUGAUCACGAUGGCCCGUCCUUAACAAAGGACAACCACUAUCCGUUCGGGGGUUCGUUAACCAGGAACUCCACUCGCUCCUCUCCUCCCGUGUGCAAGCACCUUUUGGCCUGUUGCCUGGCCGUGCGGUGUCCGGAUCUCUUUGGGAGCGGAGAAGGGGGGCCUGUUUCCAUUGUCAGUGCGGAGGAAUUGGCGGGCUGGUGUGCUGGGUGGGGUGGAUGAUGAAGGCUCUAGACUUUCUUUGUUCGUUGUAUGUUUCGAGUCGGUGAAGGAAUUUAAAGCUAUUCUUGGGUGUUUGUUCUUUGCCCUUGUUCUGGGUGGAGUACAUGCAUGGUAUG